AUGUUAUUCUCGGUGGCUCCAUCUUCAAUCGAAGCUAGCUUCAACAUCGAGGCAAUUUUGGAGUCACAAGAAGUUGAUGUAUGUUUCUGCAACAUUGCUACAGUUCCUUCGUUGAUCGGUUCUCUAGAGCUUUUCCAGAUCGAGCAAACUUCGUAUGCCCUUAUUUAUCCGGAACCAGGGGAAAUAGAAGUUGUGUUUGCGAGUCUUGGAACCAAGAAGGUUUUUGAGAAAUUCUUGACACAUCGUGAUCCUGAUCCGUUGUAUUUCACUAAAGAUAAGCCCUUUGGAGCUUUGUAUGAUACUCCUGUCAUCUUGUCAUCAUGGUUAUCCGAAGAAGAUGUUGAUUAUUACACCAAAAAGUUCGAGCAAACUGGUUUCACAUGA